AUGAUUACAGCUGACGGGCCUCAUAGAUUAAGAUUUCAUAUUUCAGGAGUUUGGACCGCUUCACCUACCGAUGUUUAUUCAGGAACGGCGAUAGGAUUACAUUUCAACAUAGAAUCCUCAGCCGAGUUCAAUAUGCAGACAGGAUACCCGUAUUAUCCUCAGGCAGCAAUGUCUUGUCGUUGUGCAAAAAUCAAGUAUGAUGGAAAUGGAAAUGAAAUAGGAAGAUACGAACCUACAGCUAUGGAAGUUCCGAAAAACGCAACUGCAAAAGCAUCGAAUUUUCUUCCCAGCCAGAAACAAAAAUGGUAAAAUGGUAUUAGAAUGGUCUAAGAUGCAACCAUUGGAAUGAUGAGAACUGUCACAACAAAAGACCGUAACUAAUGCAUUCUCAUUUUCCGUUUUCAUGUUUAUUCUCUUUCUCGUGAGUAAAGCUACCAUAACUAGUUUCACCUCAGCUACGAAGAUUAUCAGAUGGCAAAGGUACAUUUCUAGCUCGAUUCCGAAGAAUCAAGUCGAAACGGUAAUCGUUCAAUUACUCGAAAGCGAAGAUAAUUCAGUAUUCGAUCGAUCAACAGACUGUUCAAGAGAUGACUGUAUAUAUUAGGUUGGCAACUAAGUUUUUGCGUUUUUUUAGAACUCUCUAGAACACUCGAGAAAGUUCUGGAAGUCUCCAUAAGCAGGGUAUAUAGAGGGAGUGUGAAUAUCUUCCGAACGAUAAUAAAGCUAUCGAUAUGGACGUUGAUGAUGGGCUGGAAAUGAAUCUCCCUCGGAGAGAGAUUCGAGUGCUUUUACUUCAUGAAUUUCGUCUGGAUAACUAAGCAACGCAAGCAACGGACGAUAUAUACAGUACGAUGGGUAAGGAUGUCCUCUGCAUUCGUACCGCACAACAUUGCUUCAAUCGGUUUCAAAACGGUAACUUUGUACUCGAC